GUAAAUGUGAUGUCUCAAGUAGUUCAUGCUGAUGUGUGAUGUUGAAUGAUGAUGAUGAUGAUACAAAUAAAAAGACAUACUUUAAGCUUUUUUCUAGUACUGAGAGAGCCCCACUAAUUUCCAAUUUCUAUCUUCAGUUUCUUCUUUAUCUCUCUCAUGUCUUGUAGAGUGACUCUGCUUUCUCACCUUCUUCUUUAUCUAAGGAAACAAAAACAUAGUUCUCCCAAGAGAAACAUCACAAACUCUUGUGAGAAGAAGAGAGAGAGACAAGAUGGGGAAUUACAAGUUCAGACUUUCAGAUAUGAUCCCAAAUGCAUGGUUUCAUAAGCUCAAAGACAUGACUAAACAGUCCAAACCCAAAACCAAACCUUCUUCAUCUUCCUCAAACACCUCUAACAAGAAAAAACCUUCCCCUGAUCAUCUCUCUUAUCUCUCCAACAGCUUAGUAGCUAACAACCUUCACCAUAACUCACCAAGAAGCUCUCUUCACACAAGACGGAUGAGUAAAAGAAAGACACUUUACAAGCCGUCCCUGACUCCUCCUCCUCCUCCUCCUCUUGUGUCUGCAGGUUUCAACAAGAGCAAGAUCAACGGUCAAGAUACAUCUCACUCCUUGUUCCCAGCUCUUGAAACAUCCCCUGAGUCUUUCGUUUACAGUUUCUACGAAGAGAAAAGUGAUGAUGAGUUCGUUAACUUCUCCAACUUCAAGAUCGACACGAAGAACAAAGCCUUCACCAAGCACACGGUCAGGGAGUCUGAUUCCAUAGAGAAAGCUUGUCCUGCAAGUAACACAGUCCAGAAACUACAUAAAAGCCAUCUUUCUGUGAAGAUCCACAGAGAGAACGAAGAUGAUGAAGAUCAUGAGUAUAGAACCGAGAAAAAAUACCACCAAAGGAGAGUUUCAAGUGGAAGAAAAUCCUCAGCAGGGGCAGGGAUAAACCUCAAAAGAGUAAAUUCACCUAGAAUUCAACUCUCAGGUACGCGUAGAAGCACGUCAAGAAGACCAGAGAGCAGACAAGAUGUUCUUGAGAGCUUUGCAGUGAUGAAACGGUCCGUUGAUCCAAAGAAAGAUUUCAAGGAAUCAAUGAUUGAGAUGAUAGAAGAAAACAACAUCAGAGCUUCAAAAGACUUGGAAGAUCUUCUCGCUUGUUACCUCUCUUUGAAUCCAAAGGAGUAUCAUGAUCUUAUCAUCCAUGUUUUCGAACAAAUCUGGCUUCAACUCACAAAAAUUUAAAUAAAAUUAUUAAUGUAAUGUUUAGUGUUAUAACCUAAUGGUCAAAUUAGUAUAGUUAUGUCUUGUGGAAAUUGUAGUUGUUUGACUUGUUGUUAAUGUUCAUAUGAAGUUUAAGACUGAACUGUGGAGAUUCUCUUUGAAGCCCACUUUUUUUU